AUGGCAUUUCGCAUUCAUUUACUUGUUAUAUAUAUUACAUUAUUUCUUUUAUCCAUAUAUCAUAUUAAUGCAUUCAAGUUAGAAAAAAAUUUAGGAUUAAAAGUUCCAAGUUUGGGUUUUUCAUGGGAAAAUUGUGGACCCGCUUCCGAUCCAAUUCAAAUUAAAACUCUUGUUGUUGCUCCAGAUCCAAUUCAUGUACCAGGAAACCUUAGCCUUAGUCUUGUUGUUGCUAUUGGAGCUGCACUUCCAACAGAUAUUCAUGUAUCAGUUACAAUGGAAAAAAAAGUCGGAGGUUUUUAUGUAAAAGUUCCUUGUAUUGAUAAUUUUGGUUCAUGCACUUAUGGUAACCUUUGUGAAGCUUGGGCUGACGCUUGUCCAAAAUAUUUCGAACAAUUUCGUAUUCCAUGUAAAUGUCCAAUUCCUGCUGAUACCUAUACAAUACCUGGUGCAGUUAUUAAGAUUGGAGGACAUUUACCAUCUGUUGGAGCAGGUGAUUAUCGAUUAACUGGUGAUCUUGGUUCUAGCGGUACUCAUCUUGGUUGUCUUCGACUUCAAAUCACUCUUAAAGAUUAA